ACCUGACUAGAGUGAGGAAAGAUGAGAAUGGGAGCAAAAAUGCUCUUUGAAUCACAAAGGAACCCCAACUUCCGAGUCCCAAUUGUUUAAUUAUUUGUCCAAAAUCGCCUAUCCAUCUCCACUUUCCUCUUUCUGCUAUGGCCAAGCCUUACAGGAGAGAGAGGCCAUCUUCUUCCUCUUCCUCCUCGGCUCGCGCCAAUCUCGCCUCCUGUCUCGUCGCCACCGUCUUCUUGAUUUUCCUUCUCAUCGUCAUCCUCGUCGUUUACUUCACAGUGUUCAAGCCUCAAGACCCCAAGAUCUCCAUCAGCGCCGUCCGGCUUCCGUCCUUCUCCGUCUCUAACGGCUCCGUCAGUUUCACCUUCUCCCAGAACGCUUCCGUCAGAAACCCCAACAGAGCCCUCUUCUCUCAUUACGAUAGCUCUCUUCAGCUUAUCUACUCCGGCAACCAGGUCGGCUUCAUGUUCAUCCCCGCCGGCCAUAUCGACGCCGGAACUACCAAACACAUGGCCGCCACUUUCUCCGUUCAGUCUUUUCCCUUGUUCACCCCCUCCUCUUCCUCUGCCGAUGGGUUCAAUGAAGUAAGGGUUGGGUCCACCAUGGAGAUAGAGUCCAAGAUGAUGAUGGCGGGUCGGGUCAAGGUGCUGUACUUGUUCAGCCAUCGCGUGAUGGCCAAGGCAGGAUGCAGAGUCGCCAUUGGCGUGAGCGAUGGCUCUGUUUUGGGUCUUCACUGCUAAUUCUUUUCCCUUUUCUUCUGAUUUGCCUCUAAUCUAUGCAAGUGUAGUUAUUAAUUGCUAGUCAUCGCAGUAUUGUGUAAUUUUUCUUCUCUCUUUUUGGUUUUAUGAAUUGGGUUGUGAUUGUAUACUCAGAUGGGCAUGAAAUUGUAAAAAUGGAUUUUGAUUGUCCCCUUGAAUGUUACAUUUUGUGAUUUCUUCUUC